AUGCUGAUGAUGGAUAACGAAAGGAGAGAAACGAAAGACGGAGAAAAAACUUCACGUCUACGCGGGAGAAAAACGGAGUGUAACUUCCUCGCCGCCGCUGCCGCCGCCGCUGCCCAGUUCUACAUCUACGUGUCGAGUGCGCAAAUCUCAGUCAGCGGAGACAGCGGAAGCUAUAGCCCGCGCAAUCUGGUCUCGUUCCUGGGCGCAUAUCAGGCGGCGGAUCCAGGGAUCAUGAUCGGCAUUUACCAUCCUGUGCCGAAGAGUUAUACUCCGCCGGCACUGGCGGUUGAGAGCUAUUAG